AUGACCGCUCCCGUACCAGACUUCCAUAGACUUCCCGCUGACCCAUCACUCUUCUCCAUCAUUGGACACAACAGCAUUGUUCAUUCGCCCUCCUUCACAUUCCUCGUUGGCCCAGAUCACACAAAACUUACCAUCCAAUCUGGGCUUGCCAAACAUGUCUCCCAGCGGCUUGAUGAGUUAAUGAAUAAUGGCCACACGCGCGAGUCGCGGCACCGGAUCGCGGUCCUGGAGGAGGAAGAUGUCGAGACCUUCGUUGGCUUCUGCGAGUAUGCCUAUACGGGAGACUACACAGUGCCCAAUCCUAGAGCCACGCCAAUCGGACGCAGAGAUAGCCAAGGAAUGGCUCCGCCGUUAGCUUCUGCUAUGCGUCCCCCGGCCCCAUCUCCUCCAGUCACCCCCCAGCCCGGGGAAGAGCCACAGGAAAUUGUAGAAGGAGAAGGAGGUGAAGGUGAAGGUGUUGCAGCUGCAGCUGCAGCGGGAGGAGUUAAGGCAGAAGAGCAAGAGGGAGACGGAAAUCAAGCGGGUGACUCCGGCAAGGGGAAGAAGGGAAAGAAGGGAAAGAAAAAUCAAAAAGCGGGAAACCGAGCAAAACCUGCUCAGGACCUUGAUGAAGGCACGGCAGCUAACAUGACCCCUCCGAGAACACCUCCGCCAAUGACAGGGGGACGGAAAGAUGGGGACGAACAGGCGCAGCAAGAAGCGACUGGAGGCAUGGGAGCAGAAGACACAGAGAACAUGAACCCCGAAGAAAGAGCCGCCGCAACUCCUGGCAUACCCCCCUCAGAAGCUGUCUCCGCCGCCCCCGACUGGUUCGACUUCGAGCCAACCCCGAAACCUGAAAUGCCUAAGCUUGGCCCGGCCUUCCAAGGAUCCUUCAUCUCCCCUAAAUCUCGCGGUCUGGGACUCUGGGGCGAAUUCGCUUCCUUACAAUACAUCCACCACCAACGCGCCUCUGGCGGUAUGACUCUUCCAUCCCCCCUCUCUCGAAAUACUCCCGGUUACGGUAUUGCCGUCUCUGGCACUGAACCAGCCCCAUACCUCCUCUUCCAUGCCAAGCUGUAUGUCUUCGCCACGCGCUUCUUGAUUCCAACCCUUGCACAGCUCACGCUGAAAAAACUCCAUCGGGACCUUGUCUCCUUUCCGCUCUCCAUGGCAACCGCGGACCAUCUAUCUCCGAUCAGUGCCUCUGCCGUCAUCCAGCUGUUGCACUUCACAUUCACGAGAACUAAACGUGAUGACCCAGUCUUCUCACUGAUGAGCUCAGAACCUAGCUCGCAACGGCAGAACGAGCUGCGGAAGUUAGUCACGCACUAUGCUGCGUGUAAGGUGAGAGAGCUCGCGAGCUACCAACCCCCGGCGCCCUCAGCAGCUAGUGUGGAAUCCAUGGAUACACAGCAUUUGGGUUUCAGGGAUUUAUUGGAUACAUUGGGCGAAUUGGCAUCGGACCUGGUCUAUCGGAUGAUGUGA